AAAUUCACGAACCACUGCUCCGAUUCGUCUUCAUACAAUCUCAACAACUGUAAAGCCUCUGAAGGCAAAUUUCAGAGGUGUGAAUUAGCAGUAAAAGAAAUCACAAUGUCUAUAGAUGGUCCCCAAGUGACACGCGGCGGACUUAGUACCACGGGUCCGACGUGUUCAUACCUCAAGCGGCGUCAUACAGCGACACGUCCUCGCAGCCCGGGUCAAACACUACUCCACCAACAUUCUCAUAUCCUUGAAAUACUUGAGCGAUGGAAUUGUGGCUGACGUCGGAUCUGGGCAGCUGCGAUGAAUUUCCGGAAUUGGAUGCCGGAUCAAGGCGCCGCUCUCAUGCUCGGUUUGACAGGCAACACCUUGUUUUCGAGCAAUCCUGCUCUUCAUACUGGCUGAACUGACACUAGAGGUCUGUUGGCCAGUAUUUCCUUGAGCCCUGACUUCCAUGGCAAUAUAGAGCACAUGUCUCAACCCGUCUCCGCACUGUCACUUUCCAAUGCAUCGACAGACUUGGAAUUGCCCUCCUAUCAUCAAGUUUCUCAAGGCAGGCGUACUACAAAUGCUCACCCGCAGGUCGAACAUGCAUACCACCUGACUAAGGGAGGUCGCAGGUGGUUGUCUUUGCAUCUACGAAGCAGAGCAGAGCACCCAGGUCAACAGCCUAGUUUCAUACAAAGUCAACUCAUUACUGGCUCGGUGAGCCUUGAUCUUCGAAAUGAAGUGCUGAUACGGUCUAUUUCGGUUCAUGUCAUUGGCGAACUGUCAGCUGAUGCACAUCGAUUUCUUACUAUAACACGACAAUUGCAUGUCUCGGACCUGAACGAAGUAUCCUCGGAUACACCUGAACAACCCGUCGUUCAUGCUGGAAAACUGGUUGGUAAACAUACUUGGCCAUUCACGAUCCGCAUGCCCAGAGGCGUAUGUAUCGUGUCUAAUGAUGGUACUCGCCAUAUGUUUCGCCUACCCCCUUCGUUGGAUGGAAAGGCACGAAUUCGAUAUCACAUCCUAGUCCGUGUCAAAAGAGGGACGCUUAGCUCCGGGCAAAGACUCGUUGUUCCCUUCACCUAUACUCCACAAGCUCGCCCAGCUCAGCCGUCAAUCCUUCGGCAGAUCGCCUAUCUUGAGAACUCUCCCUUGGCUGGUCCAGAUGGAGAUCCGGAUGGCUGGAGGACAUCACAACCUGUCAAGAUAUGUGGCAAGAUAUUCAAUGCUCGAUCCAUUGAAGUUACUUGUACCCUCUCCAUCGCACGUCCUUUAUGUUAUACCCGCGGAACAGCGAUACCCCUCACUAUGACCAUAUCUUCCUCUGAUUCCCAAGCCUUGGAUCUUUUAUCCUCUCCAAUUGCACCCUCGGUGCGACUUCUCCGCCUCGCGGAGUUCUCCCCAACUAUUUUGAGUUCUGCAACUAAAGUGGUUGGACCAUGGGAAGCCAAGCCGGAGAUUGUUGGGGACGCUGUUUGGUGGCUUGUACCAGAUGUUAGUGGAGCAGCCGCGGAGGAAACAAGCCGCUGUUUGCAUGGCGAAAUCAAAAUCCCUGAGGAUGCACCGCCCAACUGUCGGAUUUUAAACUUUCAGCUCCAGUACGCCGUCGCGUUAUUUCCGUUCAAAGCGGUCGCGUUUACACCAGCCGUUUUACACACGUCCCAACUGCAUUCAGAAAACGUGGAGAUUGUUACUGUCCACGCCCAAGGCCCAAGACCAGUAGCGUAUUUACCCCCACAAUAUGACGCGACCCUGUGAAAGCACGUACUUCCUUAUGCUUUUCAGCCUCCCUGUGUUGUAAUGUUUGUCCCGCCAAUCCCUGCUUCAUGUACAAUAGCUAUUUCUUCCUCUGCUUUCUAUCUUAUGUAUGAUGCACCCGGCAAUGACUC